AAUAUUGUGCUUGAGUAGAAGAAAUUUUGUAGAAAGUCGGAAUUAAUGUUGUAAAUAGAGUAUUUGAGGAAUAGAACUCUCUUAUCUCCUAUAAAUCUCCCUUCCAAAUACAAAAAUUACACAUUCUCCCUCAAACCCUCAAUUUUGACAUCCCACCACCUUACAGUCUCCCGUAAAAUUUCUCACCACCUGUCAAUAUCAAGCUACCAUCACUAUCAGCUAUCAAGCAAUAAAUACAUCAACAUCCCAAUCCACCACUUCCAUCCUCCAAACCCUCCUUUCCCUUCCCCAAAAAUGACCAAACUACUCUUCUCCUUCCUCCUCCUCAUAAUAGGAGUAUCCGCACAAUUCCAAUUCUUCGAACAAAUGUUCAACAACGGCGGCCAACAGCAACAUCAUCAUCACCAGCAACCACAAGACGUACCCAGCGAUUCACAAUGGUAUCAAGAUAAUUAUGAUCGAGGUGAAUAUUUCAUUUCCUCUAUAACUCUCUCCACUCCCUCCACCCCAAAAGUAAACACUCUCCAUAACAAGAAAAGAAUACAACUAACACAACCCCCUUCCCCAAAAUAGCACACUGCUCCAGCUACCUCUGUCCAGGAACCCUCUCCUGCGUCUCAGUUCCCCACCAUUGUCCCUGCGCCCACCCAAUUUACGAAGAGAAAUUUGAGUUGGCAGAUGGGAAUGCGAUUUGUAUAUCCAAGGGGGGAUUUAAAGCAGGGGAGGCGGCGAGGAAAGUUGAGUUGGCUAGGAAGGGGUUGAUUUGAUUUGAUUUUAGAGGGGAGGGUUUUUGAUAUGCUGGGAUUGUUAGAGAACAAGCAAGCAAGCAAUGGAGUUAAUUUGUGGGAUUUUUGAGCGCAGAGAAGUGGAUGAGAUGGGAAAGAGGAGUGUAGUAUGGAGAUGAGCGGGAAGGAAACCUGGGAGUUGGUGAAUGAGGAUGAAGAUGAGGAUUAAAUGUAGAUGGGCAUGUAGGAGAUCAAGAUUUUGGAAGAAUGUCAAAUCCAACAGUCUAUUUGAAACAAAAGAAUAUUACCACAUACAUCA